AUGGCCUCAACUGAAGCUAUUAACCAAUGCUUCAGUGUCUUCUCUCUUACAUCAGGUUUGCAAGCUAACCUUGAAAAGAGUUCUGUUUACUUUGGAGGAGUCAAUCAAACUGUCCAAGACAAUAUCCUACAGCAUCUUGGAUAUACCCAUGGUGAGCUUCCAUUCAGAUACCUCGGCAUCCCAUUGUCCUCAAAAAAGCUCUCACUCUUACAAUGGAAACCACUUAUUGAGAAGAUGGUAGGCCGAAUCUCUACUUGGACUGUUAGAAAGUUGUCAUAUGCAGGAAGAGUACAACUAGUACAAUCAGUUCUGUUUGGUAUCCAAGCCUACUGGGCUCAAAUAUUUGUCCUACCUACUAAAGUUAUGAAGACUAUAGAAGCACAUUGUAGAAGUUAUGUCUGGUCCGGGGUAAAUACUAUCACCAAAAGAGCUCUAGUUGCUUGGGAUAAGGUAUGCACACCUAAAUCUGUGGGUGGCCUUAAUCUCAUUAACUUGAAGAUCUGGAACAGAGCUGCUAUUGCUAAAAAUAGUUGGGAUGUGGCACAUAAAGAGGAUAAAUUGUGGAUAAGAUGGAUUCACACAUACUACAUAAAGGAGCAGAAUUUUGACACCAUGCCUAUGUCUCAGCAAGUUUGUUGGAUGGUAAGGAAACUACUUGAGGCCAGAAGUGUGUGGAUUCAACACUCCAUCAGUCAUAGUUCAACGAAACAGAGCUUAAUAACGCAUAUCUAUUUGCAACUGCUUGGUAACCUGCCUAGAACCCCUUGGAAGACAAUGAUGUUUAGGAAUAUGGCAAGGCCUAAAGCUAUAAUUACUAUGUGGCUAAUGCUACAAGAGAGGCUUCCAACAGUGGACAGACUUAUUGACUGGGGAAUUAAUGUUGAUCCUGUUUGUUCUCUAUGCAGCAGUACACAAGAAACUCGAGACCAUCUAUUUGCAGAUUGUGCACUAACAAAACAGUUGUGGAAUAAACUACUGAAGUGGAUGAAUAGGCCAAGAUGCACAGCUCAAUCCUGGGACCAGAUGCUACACUGGGUAAUUGUUAAUGGCAGAGGGAAGUCUUCAGCAGCUCUGCUAUUUCGUUUGAUCUAUGCAGAAGCUUGCCAUGCUAUAUGGAUGGAAAGAAAUCAAAGGAUCUUUGAACACAAAAGUAGAAGCGUUGAAGUUAUUGCUAGAGAAGUUGCCUACAUGUGUGCUAUGAGAGCUCCUACUAGAAUGCAAUUGAUGAUGCACGCUUGGCACAUGUAG